GAUUCUCUGUCAGUUUCAGGAUCAUUUUGAUUUCUAGCGCAGCCUAGUCAUUCCUCGUCAUGUUUCGGCCAGUUUCGGCCUCGGAACAGCUGAUAUUUUAAAAAAUAAAAAUUUUGGUGGGAACUGCGGCACCAAUGUAUUAGUAGCGUAACCUGCGUCGUAGAUAAUGGUGGUUUCAUUAAAUUUUUAUAUUUAAAUAAAAUUUUUGGAAAAAUAAUCACAUAAGAUGAAACUAAUUUUUGAAACAGAGCCCAGGGCAUUUGACUGCCCAGAAUCGGUCCUCAGGAAAGUCGGUGAGAACGAAAUCGCACAAGAUGGUCGCGCGACCAAUUUGAAGGUUGACGGCUUUUCCGAUGGCCCUGGUGCUUCUGUAGAAGUCAUCAAAGCGCUGUUGGGGCAGCAACAUCUUUGGGUGCCGCCAUGCAUUUUUUACUAUGGGCAGAGCGGUUGCGGGAAGUCAUCAUCAAUUCUAAAGACUGGUGGCAUCUUAGAGCUUUGGUUCGGGGGCAAGGGUAAUGCGGAAGUAAGCAUCGUGGAGUAUGGAAUGGGCAAGUUUUUAGAUCUCACCACUGCACAUUUGCGAAGUCUAGCGCCAGUUGGUGAAGAUACUAUGACAUUCAACAACCGACCCUAGACUCCACUCUCCGAUAUGCAAACGGUGUUGCUUAGGGGGACUCCCACAGCCAAGACCUUGAACAGUGAUCGUUCAUCGCGAGCCUUCACUUUGUUUCUAUUGAGAAGCAAAGUUACAGGUGAAAUGAUCUUGGUUGUGGAUAUGCCUGGGACAGAAUGCAUCACAGCAAUCAAUGUCCCGGGUGUGAGUCCGCAGGCCCAACAAGCCAACAUCGGCACCAGAAGGGCAUACAUGGUAGAAUUGAGUAUGAUCACCAAAUGCCUUUCUGGUAACAGUGGAGCGCUCGCGGAGUGCAAGUUAUUAAAGAAUAUCUUUAGUAACAUGUACGUCCGCGAUAAAUCGCUCGUUGGGUCCUUGCUGAAGGUGUUUGUGGUGCUGCGUACCAAAGCUCCACUGACGGACAACAAUGUUCGGGAGGUUGUCAGCUUCCUUUCGCAAGUGGCAUCCUCUCGAACUGGACGAUUGGAGUGGAGGUCGCUGUCCACAACACCGAGAGGGGCGACGCGGUCACGAUCUGCCAGUCCACGGCCUGGUACAUCAAGGGAAGUCGAGCUGUUGUCUGACCACGUCUCUUGUAAGAGGGACAUACAAACACAGCUCGAGCAGACGAUUAAUAGUCUUAAUAAAAAGGUGACUAAAUUGUGUGUCAUAAUACGGCGAAUACAACAGACUCCAGACAAUGCGGCCGUUCUGCGGGUAGCAAUACCCCUUCCCGCGAUUCCGAUCGUGGCGCUCCCUCACCUAGCAACACCACCGCGUGCCCAGCCCCAGUCACCACCACCUCAACAGCCGCUGACACCACCACCUCAACAGCCACUGACACCACCAGCGCUACUACAAAAUCCUGCCCCGCAACAACAAGUUCCGCCACAGCAGCUGCUCCCACAGAUCCUGGCUCAGGCUGGCCACCGACAGUUUGGGUCCAGCGUAGUCCACGAGUGGCUGCGGGACCUGCAGAUGAUCGGCUGCAGAAGUCCCAUGUUGUGGAUUUCUCACACCCGCUGGGCAAAAGUAAGCUCUCCAGCAAGGUUUGCUGACAUUAAGUGGGCAAACAUGGUUCAAGAAAUCCCAAGAUCGAAUAAUUUCACAUGCUUAGAAUGUGGCGAAGUUUUUCGAUCUUGGGAAAUUCUUGUCCAUGUUUGGAAAGUACACUUUGAUGGAUGGUUUGCCUGCGAAUUUUGUCGUAGGUUUUAUUCAUUUCCAGAAGGAAGUGAAAAACAUAUGCGGAAAAGACACCCGACCAUGUGGCGAAGGCGGGGAAAAAAGUCCUACUAAAGGGCAAAAAAAAUAAUAGUAAUAAUAAUAAUAAUACUUUUUUUUGUUGUUGCAUUUUUUUUAUUAUUAUCGUUGUUGUUGUUAUUAUUAUUACUAUUUUUUUUUUUUUAAGAUCAUUAUUAUUAUUAUUUAUUGUGUGCGUGUGCGAGUGUAUGUGUGUGUGGGUAUAAAUUAUUUUAAGACGUGUUAUAGAAAGUAUAAACAAAAAUAACAGUUAUUGUAUAAUUUUAAUGAACGUUAUUAGUAUGCAUGUAUUUUUAUACAUACGUGUAUACUAAUAACGUUUAUAAAAUAGCUGUUAUUUUUGUCUAUAUUUUCUAUAAAAAAAAAAAAAAUUAAAAAUU